GUCAAAUUCCUGCACACGUAGGAAGGAGCUCCCCGCGCUGCUCCAACGCGACGCACGACGCACGACGCAGCGAGUAACGGACAACUCAUCGACCAAUCGACACCACACAGAUUCUUCUCUAACAUUAUACUUCUACCAUUUCUUCAGAUAAUCGCCUUUGAUUUGUUACUCUCUCUCAACAAUCAUGACAUGAGGAGGACCAUCCCUCCUCUCCUGCAGUCGGCUCGUGCAGACGCAGCUGGACCCGCUUGUGUUCCUCAGAGGAGAUAGGUGACAAUCUGGAGUUUAAGCGUCAAAACUUUGGUCAGAAAAUGUUGAUCGUGGUCUCAGGAGCUCGUGUGAAAAGCCGGUUUCACGUGUAGAACAAAUCGCGAGGAGAGAAAAAACAGUCUGGGUUGAUUUUUCCACAACGGAAAUGAGCUCAGCUCCACCACUGCAGCCUGGAUCUGAAACAUGGUCGAUGUGAUUCCGAGCAGAUCUAAAAGCUCUGAUUUCUGGAUAAAUACGGCUCGUGUUUGAUCGAUGGGAAGAUGUUUGCAGGACUGAUGGGGUUUGAAUGUCGCAGUAACUCUCUGCUGCACCUCCGAGAAGUCAUGGAAGGUGGCCGGGCGCCAGGGACAGCUGGCAGCUCCGGCCGUAAGAGGUUCCACCGACGACCGGGGUACAUGAGAGGAGAGCCGUCCAGACUGCAGAGCAUGUCUCAGGAGCAGGAGGAGGAGGAGGAGGAGGAGGAGGAGGAGGAAGGGAACACAACAGGCAUUAGAAAAUCUGGACAUCACACUGACAUCACACCUGCUGUCAAAGUGUCCUCACAGACUGACAAACCUUCAUGUAGCACCCGGAGGAGUAAGAGUUUUCUCUGCUCUGGGACUUGUCCUCUGUCUCCCAAAGCAUGCAGGGAAAUUAACGGUACAUCAGGCCAGGAUGAACUCAGGUUAAGCCGGAGUCCAGCACCUCCACAGUCCUCCACACAGGACUCCUUUAACUCCAGUUUUAGUUUCAUCCGAGAGUCUCUAAACUCAACUUCAACCCCGUCACAGGAACCAGAAGCACUAAGUCAUUCCACUAAAGCACAGAGUUCACCUCAAACUAAACCAGCAGCCUUAACCACUGAGCACGACGUCUCGAGGCAGACCAGUUCUGUCCAAUCAGAGGCGUCCUCCGAGCGGGGCGAGCUGUCGUCAGGCGGGAGGUUUUGGGGGGAGAGUCUGUGGGUAAACAGGGAGGUGACGUCUGACCUCCCUGACUAUGACUCUCACUCUGUGGACAUAGACAUCACCUCCUCGCUCUCCGUGGACUCAGACACAGCCUCCGCCUCCUCCGUCACCUCUGGCUAUGAGAGUGCCACGCCCGUCUGCGACCAUGGCAUGGACAACCUGGUGAAGAAGUACGAGGGCGUGCUGCAGGACUGUCUGCAGAACAACCGGACGCACACUAAGAUCGAGUCCAUGAUGUUGAAGCUGCAGAGACUCCAGCAGAAAGCCAUUUUGGAUGACGACUAUGAUGCAGCUGAGCGUUUCAGGAAGAAGCUGGAGGAGCUGUGCAGAGAGAGAGGAGCUCUGAAGCUCGGUCUCCCCUCCACUCAGCCCAGCGUGGCUCUGUUCCUGCAGCGCCUCACACAGGUGGUGCACAGCGCCCUCCAGAGGACAGACUGCAGCCACUGCAGGGACGGGACGGAUCCUGAGCCAGGGGCCGAUCUGAGGGACUCUCUGCGGGGUCCACUGCAUCGAAGAGGUCGUCUGAUUCAAGAGAAACGGCAGCUGGAGGAGGAGAUGCUGGAGCUGCAGCAGCGGCUGGCGGAGCUGAAGGAUCGCCGUGUGCAGCUGGAGCAGCAGAUCCAGCAGGAGGAGCAGCGGGCGGAGGCCGAGGAGCUGGAGGGCUCGGUGCUGAGGAGCUGCAGCGUGGAGCAGCUCCGAGACAUGAGCUGCACCCUGCAGGAGCUCGUCUCCUCCGUGAGCCGUACACAGAUCUCCGUCUCUCCUCCUCCCUCCGUCAUCAGACUCCAGGAACAGGAGCAGGCGCUGAAUCUGUCCAUCAAGGAAGCAACUGCUAAAGUGGUCAUGAGUCAGAGGUUGGGCAGCAGCCUGAGGAGGAAAGUCAGCGAGACUGAAACUCAGCUUUUAACGCUGCAUGAAGCAAAGCUGGCGUCCAUCUCAGGUAAUGACUUCAGCAGUGCCAAGGAGCUGAAGGCGGAGAUGAAGGCGGUGUACCUGGAGCGGGACCGGCUGGAGGCGCUGGCCAAGCGUCUGCACAGCCUGAGCGCCGGGAGCAGCCAGGAGCUGAGCAGGAUGAAGGAGCAGAGGCAGCAGCUGAGGCAGGAGCUGGAGCAGAGAGAGGCCGUGCACGAGAGCCGUCUGAAAGGAAACACCACCAGGUACAUGAAGCUGCUGGAGGACAGACUGCACAGCUGUGGCUGUCCUGGUCUGGAGCGGAUCUGGGAGGCCGACCUGGAGGCGUGUCACCUGUUCCUGCGGGGUCUCCAGCUGAGGACCCCGAGCUGCAGCGGAGCGGACAUGGAGGACCUCCCCUCUGCAGCGGCUUGUCCUCUGACCCCGCAGAGCACCAAAGAAGAAGAAGAAGAAGACUGCGCCAUGCUGACGGCGUUGGGUGGGCGUUGGUGUCCCGAGGCAAACUUACAGAACUCCGAGUUCACGAAGAAGCUGGAGGAGUUUUUGUUCUGCAUGGAGGAGAGUCAGCCUGAGGACGUCUGUGGAGAGUCUGAGGCUGCAGACCUGACGGAGCGCUGCGAGCUGAUCAGUGACAGACUCCUGACCUUGGAAGACGAAUUACAGACGGCCAUACUGAACCAGGAUCAGGUCUCUGCACAGUCGCUAGAAAAGGAGGUUCAGGAAGUCAAAGCCACUUUACAAACGAUGCUCGCACAGCUCAAAGAGGAAGACGAGGACGAGGAAGAGGAGGAGGAGCUACAAGACGAUGACCUCAUGAAAAAUGAGACUGACGAGGAGGAAGAAGAAGAAGAAGAGGAGGAGGAAAACGAAGAUGAAGAAGAGGAUCAGUACUUCAGUGACAGCUGGGGCAUUUGAAAUGGAUGCUUACACACACACACACACACACACACACACACACACACACACACACUGAGACACUCUCUGAGUCUGACCUCAGAUCAGCAGGACUGACCCCGGAUCCUUUUACUCCCCUCACAGAGCUCCAGGACAAUCAUCUGAGGGUAUCCUCAAACUUCCAGCACAAAGCGUCAGAGAGUGAAACUGUCUCCGUCCACAAAUGGGAAAAAAUUGAGAGUUUUGAUAUAAAUAUAAACUUUUAGACACUUUAAUGCAACUUUAAAGUAACCAGCCGAAGGUUAAAAAUACUUUUUUGUUUGGAUACGAGGUCACUUUUCAGUCUUUAUCUUUUAACAUUCAGACGGUUAAAAGAAAGAACAAACUUUUCAAACUGCACUCAUAAAUGUUAUGUUGCCAGUAAAACACUGUGUGCACUCUUUGCUUUGCUGUUGGAUUCUAAGUUUUGUUUGCAGAUUCAAAGUUUAGCUGACGUUGCUCAGAGUCCGCACGCGUCCGCAUGCUGAGCUGCAAACAAAUCCUUCCGAUUCAUUUAAAACACCUCGCUCUUAAGUUUCAGAUUGAAAAAGAAACACUUUUAGAUUCGCAGACAAACGUCUUUGCAAUACUUCCUGUUAAACAGAUUAAUUUAAAACAACAUAUUUGUGCAGGUUUGAUCGUCGUGUUUCAUUAAAAGUUUAAAGACAAAAGUUUCCUCAUAUUGACAACUCUUCAGAGAUCGUCUUCUCUAGUCCAGAUGUUUUAAACGUGUUUUGUCAGGUCGUACAGAUGUUGAGCAAUCAUGUGGAUUAUUUAACUGACUCAUUAAACCUUACUUUGUCGAUGAAUGAAAGUCCAAGUCAAACUGCCUUGUUAAACACACCAUUCGUAAAAACAAACCCCUGCUUGUAACUCCUGCAGCAGCUGUUUCCCCUUCUCUGUGAAACACCUGAGCAGACCCUAAGGUCCCUACCUUCAAUCCCCCUGUGAGAUCCUUUACACCAAACACCAAAUAUUAUUAUCAUAAUCUGCUCCUUCACUCUGAUCACCAAGCUUGUAUACAUCCGGGUAGUAGAGCACGGGGAGAAAGAAUGUGUGACUUUUAGAUCCAGUAGAUGUCGCUCUUGAGCUCCAGCAUGAAACCAAAACAAACUGCUGUUAGGCCACACCUCCUCCAUACUGAAGCCUUCUCUCCUCCAGAGACACACCUCCAACCCCACUACACUCGCGUUUGCACACAGAAGUUAACAAUUAGAGCGCAACAUAAUUAAGCACAAUUAAGAGCAACCAGCGGACAAAAUUGUCUUUGGCUCGACCUGCAAUCACCUGUGUGCUGCAUUGUUGUGUUAGCAUGCUAAUGUUAGCGCUCUUUAGUUAGCUCGUAGCUUCACAUCGCAUUGACACAGAAUGACCGAGAUCUAAAAACUCUAACUAACAUCCAAAUAAUCAGUGAGUAUGUUCUUCUUCUUCUCUCUAGUCCUUCACUAAAACAGUUUUUAUACACAAGGGGAGGAGCCGGCCGUCCCGUCCAUGUAAACACGGCUCUGACAACAACACAGCCAGCGGGACUCGAGCUUCUCACUCAUUGUAGACAGUCAUGACUCAGAGACACAUUUACACAGGAUAGACUUGAUGCACAUUCUUCCUCUAACCAGAGCUACAGCCCCCACUAGUGACGGGUGGCUGCAUUGCAGUUUGAGCAGAACAUUUGACGGGCAUCGAGGGUCAACAUAUAAAAUUGACUCGUGUUCUGGUGCUGACUAGCGAGGGUGACGUCAUUGUUUUCGUCGACUAAACGCGCACAUUCCACAUUAAGUUUAGCUGAAGUUUGGUGACAUUUCUCGUGAAUUCUGAAGUUAAUUUAUUAUUAUUUUCUCUCGCUAAAUUAAGACACUUUCUUUUAAAUCUCACGAGAGAAACUGAAACGACAUGAGGCCUCAAACCAAACUGACACUGUUUUAAAUCUUUCCUGUGGACCAAUCAGAGCGCCUCUUACUGGUGAUGGUCUCUCACAUGAACUCACACAUUAGCGUGAUCUAACCUCUGUGCUAUUUCAUAGUGACUGGACUUCUCUUACAUGUCAUAACCUGUUUGUGGUGCUACGAGAAUGUGAGCUAACUUGAACACUUUAUUUUUCUCUUUGUGUGGAAAAAAUGCAAUACGAUGUUUGUUUUAUUCCGUGUUUUACAGCAGAGAUGUUCUGUAUUUUAAAAUGUUUGUGUCUUAUGCAUGAAGGAAAUAUUGAAGGAUGAAUUCUCAGUGAACACCUGAGGGAAGUAUUUGUUCCUGCUGUUUGUUUUUAUUUAAUCUGCCACUCGUUGUGUUUUUAUUUGAUGUAAACUCUCUCGUUCAUUCCACUGGGUGUCACUCGACUUUUUACCUGACCUGUUUUUGUACUUUCACAUAUUAAUCUGUGUUUUGUAUUUACUGUGCAGCCUGAGUUCUGCAUCAUAUUUCAUAUUUAUUCCUUGCAGCAGCUCCCUAAUUACAGCAUGUACCAUUAAAGCUGACGCCGUGUC